CUUCCGCCCGCCAGUGGGAAGGUUGUCUUCACCCUCACCCAAUAUCCUACAAUUCUACGGACACUCGACUCAGAUCUCGCUGCUCACCAAGCGGAACACCCAACUACGGCCAUUCAACCUUUAUUCCCCCCUCUCCGCAGGCGGACCAGCCGAGACCGGGCAGAUCAUAACGGAGCACGCCAGCAGACCAAGGAACCGCCGGGAUAUUGGAAACCCGCUCCCUCGCUCGCGCGCGCGCCCCUUGCUCAGGCUUGCUGCCUUGCAGGACAGCCGACAGUCACCAUGGCGUCCCUGAUCCCACUCAUCAACGACCUGAUACCCAUGAUCGUUCCCUCGUCGGUAUCCGUCACCAAAGCGACCACCCUCCGCCCUCCCAAUGCAACUCUGAAUCCCGCUUCUGCCAACGAGGCCGAUGCCGUUGUCAGCAAAAGCGAUAAGCUCUGCGCCUCCGCGCCUUUCCCGCCGCUUUUCCUAGCUGCCGCGACCUGCCUGGGACCGCCAACAUACCCGCCAUAA